GCCGGGAGUCUUUUUCUCUGCUCACUAAGAGGAGGAAUAAACUUCAGCUGUUGCUUGAGCCGUAUCGGUUGGUUGACCAGCAAUUGAUUUGGACACUUUUAAAGAUUUAUUUUUUUGGGGGGGGGUUCUUGACCCAAAGGAGACACACCUCAGGACAUAGUGGAGCUGCACCUGAAGAAUCUCAUUUGAGCUACUGUGCAGUCCAAUAGAAAGAGAAAAGGAAAGUAGUCAGCCGUCAGACAAGCAGAUGAAGGACUGGGGUUGUUGUCUGAGAUGAAAUGAAAGGCACAGAGAAGGUGAACAGCAGAGUCUUUGUGUCCCAAACCAGCUGAAAAUACCAUCCUGGACAAAGCAUUUUUCGGCAGUCGUCUUUGUUUGUCUACAACCAGCUGUAAGGGAAGAAACUGAUCAAGCGCUGCCCAAUACUCUGUGUCAAGUAGGUGAAGGGGACAAAAGGCACGAUCUGAGGACGGCGUGCAGGUGCUUGGGCAACCAUGGCGCGUGAAGAGAGUGCGGCCAGGGCUUCAUCCUGCUGGGGCCUCUGGCCUUUUGGUGUCCUGUUGCUGGCGGGACUGUGUUUGUCUGACCAGGCGAUCCGCUGUCCGGUGUGCUCGGAGGAGAAGCUGGCCAGCUGCCGCCUGCCGGAAGACUGUGAGGAGACGGUGCGAGAGCCCGGCUGUGGCUGUUGCCCCACCUGUGCCCUGCCGAAAGGAGCCCACUGUGGAGUCUACUCUCCACGCUGCGGCACCGGCCUGCGCUGCUUUCCACCGCGUGGCAUUGAGAGACCUCUGCACUCCCUGAUGCACGGUCAGGGUGUGUGCACAGACGAGAGGGAGGUGGAGGUGAACUCAGCAAUGGAGAGACAGGAGGAGAUUGUUCCAGAGCAUCCCAACAACAGCAAUAUCCGGUGCAGUAUGCAAGACAAGCGGUGCAUACAGAAGACCCUUGCCAGACACCCGGCCAAAUCCUUGAACCAGAGGACCAAUUCUGUGAGAGAAGAGGUCAAAGUGUCACUGGCACCAUGUCGUGCGGAGCUGCAGAGAGCUCUGGACAGGUUGGCGUCCAACUCUCGUACCCACGACGAUCUCUUCACGAUCCCAAUCCCCAACUGCGACAAGAACGGAGAUUUCCACCCAAAGCAGUGUCAUCCAGCGCGUGACGGCCAGCGUGGAAAAUGUUGGUGCGUGGAUCCAAAGUCAGGCUUGAGGCUGCCGGGCCCGCUGGAGAUGCGAGGCGACCUGGACUGCCACCAGUUAGUGGCUGCCACGAUGUGAGCUUGAGGAGGAGGAGCAGCAGUCGUGAACCAGCGCCAACCGUCACUGUUGCGUUUGAACGACUCUCCGUAAAGGAAAAGGACUUUGACCUGCAGCCUCGGCUAGCCGAGGCUAACAGUACAUAAAGCUGCAAAAAAAAAAAAAAAAAAAAAAAAAAAGAGGAAACAAUUAGAUAUUUUGUCAUGAUAAAGUUUUUAAAGUUGUGAUCGUAUGUGAUGUCUCUCAGCCUUUGAGCACUUGUUGAAUUGUUUCUUUAAGAAAGAAGAUCUUUUGCUUUAAAGCAACAAGAGACAGAGUAAUGUAUUGCUGAGCUUUUAUUCAACUUUCUGAAGCACUAGUUCAUCAGGACAUAAACUAAAAAAAAAACUAACUCAGUCAAAUGGAUUGUAACUAUUGUUGCUUUUAGUCUACUGACCCAAAAUUGUGCCUCUAUCUGCACCAGAUAUUUGAACUCCCCAUUUUGUAAAAACAAGAGAUGUGAGUAAAAAAAAAAUCUUGUAGCAUUAUUAAUGAUAUGAGGAAAACAACUUUAAAUGAUCAUCUGUUAUGUGCUUUAAAGUUUAAAUCUACUCCUACAGCUGGUGCUGAGUUGCCAGUGCGACUCUUGUGUUUGUGCCUCAACGUACAGGACAGCUCCUGCAUGGUGCUAUAUAUACAGAGUGUGCCAAAAACACAAAUGUAGCUUUGCACUAUUUGGUCUUGCAAUGCAACAAACAGGUACAUUUACAAGUGUGUUUGUUGCACUGCAGUAGCAAUGGACAAAACGACAUAUUUCCUGUUUAUUUUAUCACUAACUGUACUACACACAUAAGACUCGCCAUCAGUGUUAAUGUAGCAGCUAGUGAUGGGCAGAUGAUGUAUCAUGAAACAGUAUCGCAUUUUACAGCAGACAGUGCCAUCUGGUGGCCUCUGAAAAUCAUUACAGUGUUUCAUGAACCCUUAUUGACCCAUCACUAGUAGCAGCCAACACUAAAGAAUGUGUAAUCUGGACUCAUAUUUGCCUGCUUCAGAUCCGGAACGUUGAGGGAAUCUAGCUGUGUCUCAUAGUUUGUGCACGUCAAUCACUGAAAAUGACAUGACAUAAAAUUUGUUCGGGAUUUGGAGCCCUCCUCCCUGCUUUCCACCUGAACGUAAUAGGUAAAGAAGGAGGUGCAGCAAAUAUCUGUGAGCGAAAAGAUGCACGAUUGAGUUGAAAAAAUUAGGUGAAAGGAUCAAAAUAAUAGCUGCAGCAGUAAAAAAAAAAACUAAAAAAAAAAGGCAGACUUAAAUGUAAAAACAUUGCUUUUCAUUUCUGGAAUAUUAAAAUACAAAAAAAGAUUGCAAUAUGACAAAUUAUUCUAAAAUGAAAUGUAUAGUAUUUUGUAAUAUAAUUGUGCAAUAUCUAUUUGGCAAUUAAUCUAAAAUUGUGAAACAAAGAGAAAGAAAUGCAUCAGAAGAAGUUGGAGCUGCACACAGUAACUUUAACUAUAGGACACAUUAAAAACAACCUUAUAUGGAUCCGUUCUGAAGUAAAUCAUAAAAUACAGCGAACUGAAAAGCAACUCGAAUAUGGCAUGCUAUUUAGAACAACCAAAAAAAAUGCAUAGUGUUAAACCACUUCACAUCAAAUGACUGUAAAGAUGGAAAGAGCACAAAAACGCAAAGGGUGCCUGACUCUGCUUCAGUUAUCAGCAUAAAGGAAGUGCUCCCCUUGAUCUGGGUUACUAGCUUAUCAAGCAGGAAUAGAUGAAAUCGAUCAGAGAACAACUUAAAAACGUUACGCUCUCAUUCAUAAUGAUUGUUUUGUUUAUGAGCUGAUGGCAAGGCUCAAGUUUCAGUCCUCAGUGUUGUGCUGCUGCACAUUAACAUUUGAUUGUAUUUACUAUGAAUGUAUCCAAAGGUAGUUCAGACAAACACAAAGACAUGAGGUGGUGUGGACACAUAGUUGAUGCUACAAGCCUGAACAUCAUUGUAAUACUUCCAAAGGAAAAAGCACAUAUCUAGCACUGCCUGUCGAUCAUCUUCUAAUCAAUAAAGUUUAUUCAGUUGUGCUUUUAUUUAGAAGGGUGUUAUAGAUGGUUGGUUGGACUUUAACUUUUUUUCUUAAGCUAGAGUGUUUGUUGAUCUAACGUUGUCGUAUUGAGCUCUUGUAUUUCCCCAGAGAGGACUGUUUGAUGUUAUCUGUUCACGAGUAGAUGAAACCUAGUCGUGUUUGCAUGCAUAGAAAUUAUAGCCAAUAUCUUUCUUCUGUUGGAACAUGAACUGCUUGUUUAGCUGAUAGCGAAACUCAAAAGCGGUUUCGACCAAUUGUCCAAUUUUUAUCUGACAAUUAUGUACACAGUGUAAUAUGUCAAAUAAAUGCUUUAGAAA